GCCGCCCCGAGCCGGCCGCCCUUCUGCCCCAAGAUGUGGCACAGCGUCGGGCUGACCCUGCUUGUGUUCGUGGCUACUCUGCUGAUCGUCCUGCUGCUGAUGGUGUGCGGUUGGUAUUUUGUAUGGCAUCUUUUUUUAUCAAAAUUCAAGUUUCUCCGGGAACUGGUGGGAGACACAGGAUCCCAAGAGGGAGAUCAUGAGCCUUCAGGGUCUGAAACUGAAGAAGACACUUCCUCCUCUCCACACAGAAUCAGAUCUGCUCGCCAAAGGAGGGCACCUGCUGAUGAAGGCCACAGACCCCAGACAUAGUCGUGUACUCGUGAAGGAUGAAAAGGCAGUUGCCAACUUCUGUCUUUUAGUGACUUGGCUUUGAAAGUUACUAAUGACUGAAGAACAUUUGUAUUGGAUUUUAUGUCCAAUUUUAAAAAAGAUUUACAUGUAAGCCAUAUAAAAAUAAAGGGAAUUAAAACCAAAUUGGACUAUUUCAUCUUAAAGAUAAUCUUUUAUUUCACUAGCUUUCUACUUAUACUCUUAUUCCUUGGCUUUUGGGCUUAUUUUCUUGCACUGCUGCAGAUCUGGUAAACAUUAAAGGCUUGAAAAACCAUAUUUUGUUAGCCCUAAAAUGUACAUUUUUCUUCCCACUUUAACUUGUCUGAAAUUGGGAUGCAUCUCAUUACUGUCAACCAGGUGAUAGUCAUGUAAUUCUCCUACUGUGUGCAUGUGCGAAUUUACAGCUUGUCAUCGUGUCAUCCCUUUAACCAACAUGUGUUUUGUUGGUAUCAAAUGUGUCAGGUUUAACUGACAUUUUAAAAUGUCUUCAAAAAGAUUACACUAUGAUUCAGCAUUGAAACGAAAAGUUAUUGUGUAUGCAGAAAAGCAUGGAAACAGAGCAGCGGGGCGUACAUUUGAUAUUAGUGAAGCAAAUAUUCGUCGCUGGAGAAAUGAUCGCAAUUCCAUAUUUUCCUGCAAAGCAACAACAAAAUGUUUUACGGGACCUAAGAAAGGUAGAUACCCACAAGUAGACGAAGCUGUACUACAUUUCGUCAGUGAGACACGUGCAAAAGGAUUGCCUAUCACACGCCAAGCAAUGCAAUUGAAGGCAGGCGAAAUUGCCAAAACCCUGGGAAUUGAUGAAACAAAAUUCAAAGCCACAAGAGGCUGGUGUGACCGAUUCAUGCGCCGAGCAGGACUGUCGUUAAGGCAUCAAACAUCAUUUUGUCCCAAGCUCCCCACUGCCAUUAAACAGAAGACAGUGUUGGAGCACUCUUUCAAGAAGUGCUGCAUAACCAGUACUCUUGACAACACCGGGAGAGACGUUAUGUGGAAAAACGCAGACAUCAAUGACUGUGGUUUGAAAAGUGAUUCAGAGGAGUUGGAUUCAGAAUAUGAAGUUAUAAUUAUAACUUAACCAAUUUAUUUCACACAUUUUCUUUACAUAUGCACAAGAUUGAUGUGAUAAAAAUCUGUUUAACUCAAAGUGCUGUUUCAAUAAAUAUAAAAUAAAUGUUUUCUGUGAUAUGAAAGCAUUGUGUCAUAGUUUAAUGGGCAGUGUUUUUUCUUAGUGAUACAUAUGGUGCAUCUUAACAAUUGGUAGUAUCUUAGGUUAAAUUAAAAAUGGUAGCUUGUAAAUUUAUUUUUCUUUUUAAGAUAGCAGUUAUUUAUUGAGGAAUUUGAUUCUGACUCAUAAUGUUAAACUUGUUAUCCUGUGUGAAAC